AAUUUGAGCUGGGCAGGUGACGGCAUCUGAGCCACAGCUUCUUCGGUCUGUGCUAAUCGCUGUGAAUGUCACAACACAGCCAGGUUUGCUGCUGGGGGCAGAUUGGGUAGCAAUGGAAUAGUGUUGUACAUCUCAGUUGUGGGAUUCUCUUCCUUGGGGUUUGGAGCCCCUCUGGGCUGCAGCUCCCACUGGUAUGUAGGUGCCCUGUCCUCAUCAGGAGUUCUCAGCUUGACUGUACAAGCACUGACAAGCAAUGCAGCCCUAUGGGAGUGGUACGGACUCGGCACUUUUCCAUAUUUCCUUGCAGAGCUUGGCAGGGUAGCAGCUCUCCUUGAGGAUGUAUAGCUCCUGUGGGAUCCUGCAUGGGGUGUUCCAUCUCCUGCAUCCUCUGGCUGAGAUGCUGCUGACCUGGUAUGUGCUGGAGACUGGAGCUGAUUCACAGGUUGAGAAGGUCUGGCAGUUGUAGGUCUGUCUGACCCAGCCCUGUAGUGGUGUGAGCUGCUGUGAUGGUGCUACAGAGCAACCUUAGGGUCUCCAAGCUACACUUUAACUGCUGCAUCUGAGGCUUGUCUUUCAGGUGAGAAAGGAGUGUGUAUGUGUAUGGCAAGAAAAGGAAGAUAUGGCUGAUGCGCUGCUUAUCCUUCUUUUUAUACCUUUAUUUUUUUUUUUUUAACGUGCAAGCAUGUGAGAGCUGGAAGGUGGAAGAACCAGCCAGCCUGCUUGGAAUACAAAUUCCUAUCGCAGCUGUAUCCAGGGGCCCUCCAGGCAUGUGUUAAAGCAAUAACUGGCUAAUGGUGUUUUCUCUUUUCCCUUCUCCUCAGGCAAGAGGAUGUUGCAGGUAUGGUGCGAUUGUUCAUUCUAGGAAGAUUCAGGACACUGGCAGCUCAUUGGUCUGCCAGUUUGGUCCUUGUAGAAGACUUUUCUGAAGAACUGCAGUGCGGAGAGAUGCCGGCAAAGAUGCUGCUGUAGAUGACUGACUGUGCCUCAAGUACUAUGGCUCUACAUGGCGUCCUCAGGACCAGACCAUGCUAAUCGGGGCCCCAAACAGCAGAAGAGUGUUGGGCUGGAGUCAGGGAGCCUUCCGGCAGAAAGACCUCAGCCGUGCUGGCCCUGGCGCCUCACUCAGCAGCAGGCCAAACCCGUCUGGAAUUUAGAGAAGAGAUAUGCGAGUGCUUUCCAGGAUCGCAUCCUGCUGCCCUCAGGGAUCCCUCUGCAGCAAUCCUGCUUCUUGUGCUCACCAUCACUAUGCCAUGCACAGCCCACUGAAGACAGCCUCCAAAGCCCUCCAGAUGCUGGCUCUGCCACGGGAAGGGUGAUGUCUUCCCUGCUGAUGGAGCCCUGCCUGCUGGCAAAGGAGUGCUCUGGACCUGGGAUUGAAGGCUCUGUCCUCAGCUCAGGUCAGCAAGCUGCCAGCUCCUGUAGACCAGUGCUCAAUAACAACUCCUUCCUACGGCCAAGCAAUGCUAAAGUGCCUUUUCUGCAGUCACUGAAGAUGAAGAAGUUGGAAAACACCCGGAGUUUUCCUGCUACUUCAUGGUCCUACUCUGGGGACAGUAGAGACAGCUUCCCUAGUAGCCUGAUCAACAGUGCAGUGAGGAACAGCAACGUUGUGUUAGAGCAAAACAAAAUCCCCUCCCAUACCCCUGUGCGAUUCUCAGGAAGGACAAGCAGUGCGAUCCACAGGAAGGACCAGUGCUCUUUGGAGGAUGCUAAGGGGAGACCUUACAGCUCAAAAGAGAAGGAACUGGAGAAGAGCCUCUUGAAGGCUGUGCAGCAGCUACCUAGUCAGGCUGCCACACACAGAGGCUUUGGGUGCCAAGUUGAAAGUUCCGGCCUUAUGAAUGUAGGCAGCCUGUCCAACCAGAACAGCGGGAGGAGGCAGCAUGCUGGAGUGCAGAUCACCCAGAAAGAAACCAUUGCUCCCCUGGACUUGGAGCUGGAGAGCCAUCGCCUUAACAGUAACUCGAGCCUUACGGGCACCUGUGAUACUGUUGCCCGCACUGAGCGGAUCAGUGUCUGUCCCUCGGCCUCGCGAGCCAGCGCUCCUGACUGCAGCACCAGCUGCUGUCCUGUGGGUCGGCUGAGCCCUCUGUGUGCUGGGGACCACCUGGCAAGAACAGAGCCUCUGCACUUUGCUGCCAUCUCUGAAGUGGCAGCACAGGUGUCCACCAUCCAACUGGAGGAAGAAGAGAAACGGGCCCAGGCUGUGGUCUCAGGAAAGCUUAGUGCUACUGCUGAGAGGUCCCUGCUGCAGUUGAGCCAUCCCCAGGACGAAGCAGAGGAAGAACUUCCUGAUGGCCUGGAUGAGAGCUCCAGUCAAGAGGAGUAUGAGGACAGUGACUCGGAUGCUUCCUCUGAUGACGAUGUGUUGUCCAGCAGCUCCACAACUCCUGCAUCCAGGAAACGCAUCGAGUGCCUGGCCCAGCCUUCUGAGGCUCAAGACAAAGUGCUCAAACCAGCUCUUGUCUGCAGUUUAUUCCCUAAUGUGCCUCCAACUAUCUACUUCAGUACUCGGGAUGAGGCAGUGGAAAAGCUGCCUUGGGAGCAGAGGAAGCUGCUGCGAUGGAAAAUUUGCAGAGUCACGCCUAACAUAGUGAAGCAAACCGUUGGCAGGUCCCACUUCAGAGUUAGCAAAAAAAGCAGUGACUGGCUGGGUUGCUGGGGCCCCCAUAUGAAAUCCCCUGGCUUCAAAGCCAUCAUGGAGCACCAAAAGCUAAACCACUUCCCCGGUUCAUUUCAAAUUGGAAGGAAGGACCGUCUGUGGCGCAACCUGUUAAAGAUGCAGGCUCGCUGUGGGAAAAAGGAGUUUAAUUUCUUCCCUCAAUCUUUCAUCCUGCCCCAGGACAUCAAAUUACUCAGGAAAGCAUGGGAGGAAGGAGGUAGCCGACAGAAAUGGAUUGUGAAACCACCAGCAUCAGCAAGAGGCGUAGGUAUCCAGGUCAUCCACAAAUGGAGCCAGCUCCCCAAAAGGAGACCGCUGCUAGUACAGAGAUAUCUGCACAAACCCUACCUCAUUGGCGGGAAGAAGUUUGACCUGAGGCUCUACGUUUACGUCACUUGCUAUGAUCCCCUCAGGGUCUACCUGUUCAAAGAUGGGUUGGUUCGCUUUGCCAGCUGCAGGUACUCCUCCUCAAUAGAGAGCCUCAACAACAAGUUCAUACACUUGACCAACUACAGUGUGAACAAGAAGAACACAAAGUACAAAUCCAACUUUGAUGUGACUGCUUGUCAGGGACACAAAUGGGCACUCAAAGCUCUCUGGGGUUACCUGACCCAGAAAGGAGUUAAUAGUGAGGCCAUCUGGGAGAAGAUUAAGGACAUCGUUAUCAAAACCAUCAUUGCUUCUGAGCCCUACGUGAACAGCCUGGUGAAGAUGUAUGUGCGCCGUCCGUAUUGCUGCCAUGAGCUGUUUGGGUUUGAUAUCAUGCUGGAUGAAAACCUCAAGCCCUGGAUCUUAGAAGUCAACAUUUCCCCAAGCCUCCACUCCAACUCCCCACUGGAUGUGAGCAUCAAGGGCCAGAUGAUUCGGGACCUCCUCAACCUUGCUGGUUUUGUUCUGCCCAGCAUGGACAGUGUGGAUUCAACGACACAGACAAGAAGUGGCUCUAUCUACAGUCUGGGCAGUGCUUUGAAGAAGUCCAAGCCAAUAUCUGAGCAUUUGAGAGCAGAGAAGAUGAAGAAGGUCUAUUACUUGAUGCAGAAGAUACCUGACCAGGAUUUUUAUUCUUCUGUCUUGGACAUCCUGACUCCAGAUGACGUUCGUGUCCUGGUGGAGACAGAGGAUGAGUACUCCCGGCGCGGGCAGUUUGAGCGGGUGUUCCCCAGCCACAUCUCCAUGCGGUACCUGCGCUUCUUCGAGCAGCCUCGUUACUUUAACAUCCUGGUGACCCAGUGGGAGCUCAAAUACUACUCAAAUAGACACAAAGGUCUGGAACUACUGAAGAACUGGUGUGUCAAAGGGUACCACACUGGGGCAAGGACAGAUUUGGCCCAAAUGUGGUCAUUGCCAAAGUCGUUCUUCCUCCAGAAGAGUAGCAUUCAAUCAAAUGGCUUCAACAAACUGAAACUGGGCAAACUGGGCACAUGCCUCCCUUCAUCUGGUGAGGACCUCACAAGAUGCCUGGAGCCCAGCCCUACUCGAGGCUUACCUCUCAACAAGUGCACUGAUGGAGCCAACCAGAGACCUGCUGGCUGCCUCUCUGACGCUGCCCUGGUGAUGUGACCAAGCAGCCACUGUCCCUCCCUGGGGACACAUCAACCUACCUCAAAGGAAGAGACAGGAGCUGGCUCUGUAGAGCAAGGACUGUGAGAGCCCUUCUCACUGCACACUUGUUUUGGGGCUGGUUGUAGAGAGAGAUGUUUUCCUGGGCAAAGAGGAGACCUGUGUGACUUCAUUUUCUAAAACAAGUGGCAAAGCUUGAGGAAGUGGGGGUUAUCUGGCCUAUCUGGCCUUUGUCCUAGACUGUUCUAAAAGCCUGACAUGGUGGUUUCUGUGCUGUGUGGGAGCUGGCUGAGCCUGCCCUUCUAGUCCCCAGUCAGCACAGACUGAGUCCUUGCUUGCCUGUGUCUGUGUCCUGAGUUGCUGGCAGCUGAGCCUGCUCUUGCCCUGGUACAGCCCGGCCCCUGGAGAUAAGUCCCCAGUCCUCAUGCCUGGGAGGAAGUAAAACUGCCCAGUUUUAUCCUCUCUGAAUGUCUGUGCCAACCUCCUGCCCUCCUCCAGCAGCAGGCCCCACAGGAGACCUCAGGCUUGCACAUUGCAGCUCCAGAGAGACCAUGGGUACCAGUGUGGCUCCGGUUUGUUAUGGGGGCAGUGGGGCUGCUGGGGAGGGAGCAUCCUUCUCAAGGCCAUCGGCUCUGGUGUGCCCUACAGCAUGUGUGCAUGGACUACAGGCUAGUGCUCUUCUCUUGGAUCUGCUCUCUAUUUUCCCUUUGUUUCUCAAGGAUUUCUAUUAAAUUUUAACACUCAACUGCU